AAGCCAAGAAAAAGUAAACUCUUUUUUGUUCUAGUACUCAUUGCAACUCACGAAAGACUGACGAGAAUUUAUUACGAGCGUAAUACGUGCUAGACCUCAGGUCCUCGUAUAGCAAGUCAUAUCUGGUAAUUAUUGUGCGUCUGUGGUCAAAAGAGGAAGGACACGUCAAAGAAGCUCUCUCGAAGAAGUGGCAGAGGCAGCGCCCCAGGUUUAAGUCGCCAUGAGGUCCUCCAGAAAGCACAAGACAAUGCUCAUCAAGUUCAUCAUGUACUUCCUCCUGGUGUCUCCAAGGAACCUUGGUGUUGAAGCAUCGCUUAAGGAAGUGUACUACCGAAAAGUUGACAACAGGUUCCCAUCUACCAUGGAUAAGUGUUCCCUGCAAACUCACUCACUUAUUUCUGCUCCUUACAAGUAUAUAGCAUGCGCCACCUUCUGCACACAGAAUGCUAAUUGCCAUCUAUUCUGCAUUAAAGGCGAUGCUUGCUUCCUCUUCAGCACCUGGGUGACUGCUGACUACCUUGGCACUGAUCAGUACUAUGGCUUCACCUCGUGUUAUUCGUCAUGGUCUUAUGCUAAGAAUCUGGCGCCCAUAGCAGUGGCUACGAUGUCGUCGCCUUAUGAUCCCACGAUUUACAAUGAAUACCAGGCCAUCAAUGGGUAUUACUGCUCUUUAUAUGACUCCUGCAGCCUCACCUCGCCGAUAAAUAACCCCUGGUGGCUAGCAGACCUCCAGAAGGUAUAUGUCGUCUCAGCCCUCAUCAUGAAACCGAGAGAUAACAACUACUGCCUCAGUAACAUAGAGAUAAGAUUUGGAAAUUCGUCUAUCAUUAGCCAGAACCCAAUAUUUGCCACAUACCCAGGAGUGACACCCUUUCUCGGCAUCGUCCUCACUGUUCAGCCUCCAAACCCCAUGGAAGGACGGUACCUCUCUAUCCAGUUACUUGGAAAUGACUGUCUUAGUAUUUGCGAGUUGCAGAUCAUUGAGGCCUAAAGAUGCAAGAAAAUAUGUGGUCCAUCAAACAAAGUGAACAGUUGCACUGAAACAAGAGGUCAUGAAACCUAUGUUGAAUGGAAUGACGCUAGAAACAAUGCUUUCAUACACUGUAUGGGAUAAUUAACAUGGACCAUUUCCAAUUUCAAUGUACUAUAUUUCUUGAUUUUAUUUAUAUUCAACAAAGCUAAGGAAUGUUAGAGUACUUUUCAUUUGUAGGCAAGUUAUCACUUAAACGAUGUGCAAACUUUCUGAGUAAUUUGCCACUGGUAAAAUAUAAAAAAAAGUUUAUGAGGAGAUAAAUUAUUGUUCUGUUGUAACUGCUGUUUCAGUGUUUCAGUGCUGUUAGAAUAGCUAAAGCAUCUGUCAUGUGGAAUAUAUAAAGGAAUCAUUAUAU